GGCCCGCGCGGGGGAAGGUCACUCCGGGUCUGCGACUUUUGGCCUUUGUUGUGCGAGCCCGAGCAUCUGCGCGCACAGCCCCGCGCCUGGAAGCCCGGGGUCGCGGCGGGCCUGGAGAUCCCCAGACCGCGUCUCCAACGGGGACAAGGGAGUGUGACAUUUUUCAUCAUUUCAAGUUCCUUCUGCCUGUGAGUGUGGUGGAAGCAGAGGAAGAGGCUGUGCUUAGGCCUUUGAAAGCAUAUCCUCAAGACGCAGAUGUGAUUCCGCAACAUAAGACGCCUGAGGAAACCACCCAGAGCAGGAGGAGGAAGAGGACAACAUGGCUGCUUCUCAGGGACAGUUGACCUUCAGUGAUGUGGCCAUAGAAUUCUCUCAGGAGGAGUGGGCGUGCCUGGACCCAGCUCAGCGGAAACUGUACAUGGACGUGAUGUUGCAGAACUACAGGAACCUGGUAUUCCUGGGUCUUACUGUGUCUAAGCCAGACCUCACUUUUUUGGAGCAAAUGGAGGAGACCUGGGAGUUGGAGGAAGAAAAGACUGUAGUCAUCCACCCAGCUAUGUCUUCUCAAGCCACCCAGGACUUGUUGCCAAAGUCAGGCAUAGAAGAUUCAUUCCACGAAAUGUUCCAGUGGAUGAAAUGUUGCUUAUAUGUCGUGCUUGGAGAUUUUAAGUAUGGCUUUCAUUGAAUUCAAUGGUGUACAGAAAUAUCCUGAAAAUGUUACAUGGACAUCAGAGCCAUUGUCCUUUGAAGUGCUAUGGCUAUACCAUCUCAAUACUCUCCCCAUCCCACAUCGUCCUUGCUGAGCAUUGUAGGUACUGAUCAGUAGUUUAGAAUUUAUAUAGUGGUGUGAGAAGCAUCAGAAUGUGUUGAAAAAUUUGGAUUAUAUGUUUUAUGAAAAAGAGAGCUCA